GAGGCAACUUAGAAUAAUAAACUCCUUUUUCUGGCUUUCUAUCAAGAUUACAUUAUGUAAGUUUGUCUUUUGAACAUCCGAUAUAGGUCUAAACUCGGGUCGUCAAGCCUAUGUGAAUAGAAAUUUUUCAUAUGAUUGACUAGACAAGUUAAGUGUGUGGUCACAAGGGUAUCGUUACUAAUGAGAAUUAAACUUAGGACCUCUCAAGGCUAUAUAGUUUGGCUCCCAAGUCUUAAGGCUUGACAAUCUAAAGAUUCACCAUGAGGCCAUCAUGAGUGGUUUUUAUGAUACUUUUCGUUACUACACAACUUAGCCAUUGCUCAAGGAGAACAUUGAAAGUGCAAAAUUUUGUGAACGCAAUGGGCAUUAAGGCCAAAAUUCAACAAAAAUUAAAAAAGUGGAGACAUAACAGCAUGUGACAAAUACAAGGGAUGAAGUAAAGCAUAUAUAAAAUAGUCAUCCAUCUUAGAAGAACAAAAGCAAAUCCUUAAGAAUUCUUUCCCUCCACCUCUAGAACAAAUCACAACAAAAGUAAAUCUGGUUUUGCUUGUACCAAUCAUGUAUUCCUUUCUUGCUCUCAAUUCUUCUUUCCCACAAAUGCCAAUAAAGAAUGUUCUCUCUUCCCCACACUAGCCCCCCUCAACCUUGGCCCCUAUAUAUAUGACCUUUUGACACAACUCACAAAAUAGUCUCACAAAGGUACUUUGUCAAUCCAAAAUCUUUUAGUUGUAAGAUCCAUCUUGUGUCCAAUUCAUCUGAAAUGGCUUCUCAACCAAUUCUCAAACGAUCAGACACGAUCACCGACAGCAUGCCCGAGGCAUUGAGGCAGAGCCGGUAUCAUAUGAAGAGAUGCUUUUCCAGUCUGGUUUCGGAGGGGAAAAGGCUGAUGAAACGCCAACAUAUAAUGGAAGAAGUUGAGAAAUCAAUCGAAGACAAGGCUGAAAGGAAGAAGGUCUUGGAGGGUUUACUUGGUUUCAUUCUAAGUUCUACACAGGAGGCAGCUGUAGUUCCCCCAAAUGUUGCAUUAGCUGUAAGAAUUGAUCCAGGCUAUUGGGAAUAUGUUAAAGUGGGGGCUGAAGAUCUAUCAGUGGAUGGUAUUUCAGCUUCAGAGUACUUGAAGUUCAAAGAAACGAUCUUCGAUGAGAACUGGGCCAAGGAUGAAAAUGCACUUGAAAUCGAUAUGGGGGCAUUGGAAUUCACGACGCCUAGUCUGACACUUCCUUCUUCUAUUGGAAAUGGACUUAACUACAUCUCAAAGUUCAUGUCCUCAAAACUUAUUAGUCGGAACUCCGAGGGAGCAAACUCUCUCCACCAGUACUUACUAGCCCUUAAUCAUCAUGGAGAGGAUCUCAUGAUCAAUAAGAGUCUAGAUUCUGUAACAAAGCUUCAAGGAGCACUGAUUGCAGUUGAAUUGUUCCUUUCCAACUUACCUAAAGGAACACCUUAUCAGAAUUUUCAGCAGAAUAUAAAAGACUGUGGCUUUGAGAAGGGAUGGGGUGACACUGCAGAAAGAGUUAGAGAAACAAUGAGGAUACUUUCUGAGGUUCUCCAAGCACCAGACCCCAUGAAACUGGAGUUGCUCUUCAGUAGGCUUCCCAACAUUUUCAACAUUGUGGUCUUCUCUCCGCACGGGUACUUUGGGCAGGCUGAUGUCCUUGGAUUGCCUGAUACCGGUGGCCAGGUGGUGUACAUUCUUGAUCAAGUGAAAGCUUUAGAGGAAGAACUGCUCCUCAGAAUAAAUCAGCAAGGCCUUAAUGUGAAGCCUCAGAUUAUUGUGAUAACAAGGUUGAUACCAGAUGCUCCUAAAGGGACAACCUGCAACAAAGAGUUGGAGCCUAUUUUCAACACUAAGCAUUCUCAUAUUCUGAGAGUGCCCUUCAUGACAGAAAAAGGAGUUCUCCGUCAAUGGGUUUCCAGAUUCGAUGUCUAUCCUUACCUUGAAAGAUUUGCAGAGGAUGUUGCUGCUAAGGUUUUUGAACACAUGGAAUGUAAACCAGACCUCAUAAUCGGAAACUACAGCGAUGGAAACUUGGCGGCAACUCUACUGGCUAACAAACUUGGAGUGCCUCUGGGAACGAUCGCUCACGCCUUAGAGAAAACUAAAUACGAAGAUUCGGAUGCCAAAUGGAAGGAGCUAGAACCCAAGUAUCACUUUUCCUGUCAAUUCACUGCUGAUCUUAUUGCAAUGAAUGCAGCUGAUUUCAUAAUAACCAGUACAUACCAGGAAAUUGCAGGAAGCAAGGAUAGGCCAGGACAGUAUGAAAGUCACACAGCAUUUACAAUGCCAGGGCUCUGCCGGGUUGUUUCAGGGAUCAACGUAUUUGAUCCAAAGUUCAAUAUUGCUUCACCAGGAGCAGACCAAUCAUUCUACUUCCCCAAUUCGGAGAAGCAGCGACGAUUAACCUCAUUUCAUCCUGCCAUUGAAGAACUGCUCUACAAUAAGGAGGACAACAGUGAACACAUUGGAUAUCUGGCAGACAGGAAGAAACCGAUUAUAUUUUCAAUGGCAAGACUCGAUAUUGUGAAGAACAUUACAGGACUAACAGAGUGGUUUGGGAAGAACAAAAGGCUACGAAAUGCGGUAAAUCUUGUUGUUGUAGCAGGAUUCUUCGAUCCAUCCAAAUCGCACGACAGAGAAGAGACUGCGGAGGUGAAAAAAAUGCACAGUUUGAUAGAGAAGUACAAACUUCAAGGCCAGUUCCGAUGGAUAGCAGCUCAAACAGACAGGCGUCGGAACGGUGAGCUGUAUCGCUGCAUUGCUGAUACUAAGGGAGCUUUUGUGCAGCCUGCAUUGUAUGAAGCUUUUGGUCUCACAGUCAUUGAAGCAAUGAACUGUGGAUUACCCACAUUUGCAACCAAUCAAGGCGGCCCUGCAGAGAUAAUUGUUGAUGGUGUCUCAGGCUUCCAUGUUGAUCCCAACAAUGGAGAUGAAGCAGGUAACAAGAUUGCAGAUUUCUUCGAGAAAUGCAAGGCAGAUCAUGGUUACUGGGACAAGAUCUCAGCAGCUGGUCUCCAGCGCAUAUACGAAUGCUAUACAUGGAAGAUUUACGCAAACAAAGUGUUGAACAUGGGUUCCACUUAUGGAUUCUGGAGGAAGUUGAACAAGGCAGAAAAGCUAGCUAAGCAAAGUUACAUUCAGAUGUUUUACAAUCUCCAAUUCCGUAAACUGGUGAAGAGUGUUCCGAUUAUCAGUGAUGAAGCUCAACCUCCUACAGCUUCAUCACCUGUAACAUCUCAGCCCCCGAAAACUGCACCACCAGUUGUAACUAAACCCCAAAAACCAGCUGCCCCAGCUAAGGAACCUGUGCAAGAAAUCAUGCCACCAGCAAUAACACAACCUCAGCCAACACCAAGACAUGUUAGCAGGGAUGAACAUUCAGCGAGGACGCAGCCUGGAACGACACAGCGCUGGCUAACGCUUCGUCGCUGGAGGUGGGGGUUCCUGAUGAUUGUUCUUCCCCUGGCCAUUCACUACAUCUUGCUCAAGUUCAAGAGCCUGUUUUCAAAUCACCAGAAUGGUGAAAAUGCUUAGAUGGAAGUUGCAAAGAAUAUAUAUAUAUAUAUCCUCCCACAUGUAAUGGUUUCUACUGUAUGAUAUGAAAUGGAAGUAAAAGGGAAAGAAUAAAGAUCAAAUAAUUAAACUGAA